CGACUCCCUCGCUAUGCCGCUUACUCGAAUCGAGCUCUCAGAUUUUAAAAGCUACAGAGGACAUCAUGUUAUUGGACCAUUCACUCCAUUCACUUCCAUUAUUGGCCCCAAUGGUGCCGGAAAGUCAAAUCUCAUGGACGCCAUUUCGUUCGUCCUUGGCGUGAAGAGCGCUCAGCUACGCAGUAGUCAACUCAAAGAUUUAGUAUAUCGUGGGCGGCGACUAGGGAGACCAGAUGGCGAUGCAUCGCAAGCCAUUGAAGAUGAAGAGGAGGAUGAGGAGGAUGGAGAUGGCGACGCGAAGAAGGCGUGGGUCCUUGCGGUGUACGAAGAUCAAGACAAAAAACAAUGGCGUUACCGACGAACGAUUACGACUACCGGCUCGAGCGAAUACAAGUUAAACGACCAAGUAGUCUCUGCACAGGCGUAUUCCACCUCUCUCGCAAAACACAACAUCCUUACCAAGGCUAAGAACUUCCUUGUCUUCCAAGGCGACGUCGAACACAUUGCCUCUCAGUCACCAAAGGACUUAACUCGUCUGGUCGAACAGAUCAGUGGCUCGCUCGAGUUGGCCGCCGACUACGAACGCGCCAAACAAGCCGUUGAUCGUGCAGCAGAGAAUGCAACGGAAAGCUUCAACAAAAAACGCGGAAUCGCAGGUGAAAUUAAAGUCUUUAAGGAACAAAUGACCGAAGCGGAGCGUUUUGAAGACCUUGUCGGCAAACGAGAUGAUUUGAUACUGAAACGUUUCCUCUGGAAGUUAUUCCACAUUGAAGAACAAAUUGCGUCAAACUCGAGGGAGAUAAUACAAAAGAACAAGACGCUUGCUGGACUUCGGCGGGAGCAGGCUGCCCAUAACAAAGCUCUGGAAGAUGCACGCGCAAAACAGGCAAAAGUACGCUCGGAUGUGUCUGCUGCCGAGAAAAAAGUUAAGAAAGCGGAGAAAGCGCUGGAGGGAAAGAAACCGGACCUCGUUGCGGCAGAGGGCAGGAUUCUGCAUGCACAACGUAAGCUGAAGAAUCACGAAUCUACGAGAGAAGCAGCAGCAAAAGACGCCAAGAAGAAAGAGGAUUUACUUGCAGUCCUGCGGAAGGAUUUAGCUGCAGAACAGAAGGCAGCUGAUGCUGCUAGAGAUGCGGCUCGCCGUGCCUCACAAAAGAACCUUUCCCUAAGUGAAGAGAAUCUAGAAGAGUACCGACGCUUGAGGGCACAAGCCAAUACACUGGCUGUAGACGAGCGACAAUCCCUUCAAGCUCUAAUACGAGAUGAGAAAACGAGUGCUCGUGCUCUUGCUAGCUUGCAAGAGGCAUAUACUGGUCUGGAGGAGACCAAGAGUAAACUAGAGACUGAAAUUGCUGACAUGGAGGAUAAGAAGGAGGAGGUGGAUCGCAGAGUGGCAUCAUUACAAACCGACUACAGUCGUGCAAAGCAGGAACUCAAUAAGCAGCAGGCAGAAUUUGCGCGCAUCUCACAACUUGAGACAGAGCUCAAUGAGAAACUUGCUGAAUGCCACGAAAAGCUCCUUCAAGCUGGAGUAGACAGGAAGGAAUCCGAACGUGAUGCACGUCUUAAAGAGACACUUUCAAAUUUGCAGCGUAUCUUCCCUGGCGUUCGCGGUAGAGUCGUCGACCUGUGCAAACCAACGCAGCGGAAAUACGAGACAGCGGUCUCCGUAAUCUUAGGUCGCAAUAUUGAUGCUGUAGUAGUGGACCAAGAAAAGACUGCUAUUGAAUGUAUUGAGUACAUGCGAAACCAACGUGCCGGUCAGGCAACCUUUAUUCCUCUAGACACAAUCCAGGUGAAGCCGAUCAAUGAUAAAUACCGUAGUUUCGCCCGUGGUGCUAGACUCGCGGCAGACGUGAUUCAAUACGAACCAGCAGUCGAGCGUGCCAUGCAUUAUGCUUGUGGAAAUGCGCUCGUAUGCGAUACGAUGGACGUUGCCCGGUACGUUUGCUACGAAAAAGGACAGGAAGUGAAAGCCGUCACGCUCGAGGGUACAGUUAUUCACAAGAGCGGACUCAUCACCGGAGGAAGAAGCUCGCAUGGAGAUAACAAAAAGUGGGAGGACAAAGAUAUCCAAGGUUUAACACGUGUCCGAGACUCGUUGCUUUCGCAGCUUCGAGACCUUAACAAGUCGAGACCGCGUAGUAAAGCGGAUGAAGGUCUCGUUGCUGAAAUUACGCGACUGGAGUCGUCCUUAACUCUUGCAAAAGAUGAUCUGGCUGCCCUAACUGCGAGUUUGAAAGGCAAGCAAGAUGAGCUGAAACAUAUUAAAACCGAAAUGAAGAGAAAGUCGCCUGAACUGAAACAGGCGAAAGCUAGCCACGCAGCUUUGACUGAGAAAAUGGAAGCUUUGGCGUCAGUAGUAAACGGCGCAGAAGACUCUGUGUUCACACGAUUUUGUGCGCAAAUUGGCGUCGAGAACAUCCGAGAAUACGAGUCACGUCAACUGAAAGUCGCAAACGAGGAAGCUGCUGCUCGCAGGCACUUUGAAACACAGAUAGCACGCCUCACUCAUCAAUCGCAAUUUGAAGAGCAGCAAUUAGCGACUCUACGCGAACGUCUCGAAGCUCUCGAAGCUGCUAUCAACUCUGAACACACUGCCAUUGCGACACAUGAAGCGGAGAAGCAGGCUGUUCAGGAGGAGAUUGAUCAGUUACAAGAAUCGAUCACGGAAUUCCAAGAGGAGCUGAAGGAGUUGAAUGACUUGCUAGACUCGAGGACGAAAGAACUCGAGGCCGUAAAAAAGAACACGUCUAAAGCAGCUAAGGUUCUCGAUCAAGCUCUGAAGGAGAUUGCCACGAAGAACGACGAGAUUGAGAAGCUCGCUUCCGAACGAUCAUCUAUCUACCGUAAAUGUCGCUUGGAAGAAAUCAAGCUUCCUUUACGAUCAGGUAACUUAAGGAAUGUGCCGAUCGAAGAGAAUCUCCGCGAAGAGGUCACCAUGGACAUCGACGAAGAUGACGAGGGCACCCAGAAGCCUCGGCGAGUUCCGGACUACGGUAUUGAAGUAGAAUUUGAUUUACUAGACGAUGAAGAGCGGGAAGAUGCUUCCGCAGAAAUGGGAUCAACGUAUGACUCGUCAAUUACCAAGCUCAAUUCGGAGAUCGAACGUAUGGCACCGAAUAUGAAGGCAAUGGACAAGUUAGACAAUGUCCAGACGAAGCUCGAGGAGACAGAAAAGGAGGCUGAGAAGGCCCGAAAAGAGUCAAAGAAAGCACGAGACGACUUCAAUGACAUCAGAAAACGCCGAUGCGACUUAUUUAACAAGGCGUUCACUCAUAUCUCUGAGCGAAUCGACAGGAUCUACAAGGAUCUCACUAUGGGACCUGCCGCGCCAUUAGGUGGUGUCGCCUAUCUGAGUUUGGAAGACAACGAAGAGCCUUUCGCAGGGGGCGUCAAAUACCACGCUAUGCCGCCAAUGAAGCGAUUCAGAGAUAUGGAUCAGCUAUCAGGAGGAGAAAAGACUGUCGCUGCUCUGGCUCUACUCUUUGCCGUCCAUAGUUACCAACCUGCCCCUUUCUUUGUACUCGACGAAGUCGACGCAGCGUUAGACAACACCAACGUCGGAAAGAUCGCAACGUACAUCCGUUCACGCGCGUCCAACUCAUUCCAAUUCGUCGUCAUCAGCUUGAAAGCAUCGUUAUACGAACGAGGGAACUCGCUAGUAGGUAUUUAUCGUGACCAAGACGUGAAUAGUUCAAGUGCAUUGACUUUAGACCUUACACAAUACGGUGGCGACUCGAAUCACUAAACGCUUUGUUUUCUGUCCUGUUGCUCUAUUGUUUUUGUUCUAUGUAAAAGCUAUCAUUUCUCCUGGCAUAUUCAUAAAAUGUAAUAACAAUAUGUAGUAAGUAAGUAAGCAUGAAUCCGAG